AUGUCGUCAACAGAACAAAAGCGCACGAUUCUUGUCACUGGUGCUAAUAGAGGCAUUGGCUUUCUCAUAGUCAAGAAACUUGCGAAAGAAUCACCACCUGAUAGUACUAUCAUUUUACUUGGCAGUCGUGAUUUGAAACGAGGUGAGGAUGCACUCAUACAGUUAGGAUCUCCAUCAAAUGUGCACGUUCUACAAUUGGAUACAUCUAGUCGCGAAAGUAUUAUUCGAGCUAAAGAUGAAAUCAACCAAAAAUACGGUGGUCAACUAGAUGUCGUUAUUAACAAUGCUGCAAUCACAAGGAAAGAUUUAAGUGUCGAUGCAGCUCGAGAAAUAUUUGGCACCAACUAUUAUGGUGUUAAAAUACUCAAUGAAUAUUUAUUUCCUCUAAUGCAAGAGAAUGGCCGAAUAAUCAAUGUAUCGAGUCGAGUCGGCCCCAAUGUGUUGUAUGAAGCCUCUCAAGCCCUUCAACAAAAAUAUACAUCAUCGACAUUGACAAAAUAUCAACUUGACCAACUAGUUGAAGAGUUUAUCUCAGCCAUCGACACCAACACCCUUGAACAUCUUGGAUAUAAUAUUGAAUCAACCGAUCUGAUAUACGGUGUUAGCAAAGCGGCCUUAAAUGCUCUUACGCAAGUGGAAGCAUAUGAAUGGUCUAAUAAUAAAAAUUUGCUUGUCGUCAGUGUUACUCCAGGAUUUUGCGCUACUGAUAUGACUGAACAUGCACCUGAUGCUCGUCCAGCUGAACUUGGUGCCGAUUCGAUUUUGUCUAUAGCCAGUGCAUCUCGAAAUGAACUUAGAAAUGGUGGAUUCUAUCGUGAUGGCCACCAAAUACCUUUAAUCAGUGUGCGCAUGUCUCGAUAA